UAGACAUACCAAAUGCCCCACAAUGGAUGAAUGAAUUACAAAACUGGUAUAUAAGUCAGUACUGUAGCAGACAGAUUUAAAGUGACUCCCAUGAUCUCAACCUCCUGAUGCCUUUGAGUGUGAGUGGCGAUUCAACUUGCUUCAACCAACAGAAUAUGGCAAAGGUGAUGGAAUUUCACGACUAUAAUUAUGUUACAUUGUACCUAACUCCAUUAUGAAAGCUGACACACUCUCCCUUCUCCUGCUGGCCAUGAAGAAGUUAUAUGUAGUGUUCUGAACUACCUAUGGAAGGACAAUAAGGCAGAUAAUUGCUGGCAAGCUUUAUAACAAAUUAUGAUAUUUUUUAACUUUAACUCACUUUACGUUAAUCAUGGUGUAUAAUCCUUUGAAUAUGCUGCUCUGGAUUACGUUGGCUACAUUUAGGACUUUCCCUUAUGGUGCAAAGCAACCACAUUUACAACCAGCCGGAAUAUAUUUCUGUGCCUGAGGGAUGCAUGAAGAAACAGGAAAAUGUGCUCCCAGAACCUCACUAAAGUGGCGUCCAGAGAAGAGGUCAGCAAAGGAUCAUUACGGAGGAGACUGAACAGCGGGAGGAGUGACGCGCGAGGACACCUCGACACCCGGAAGGGAAAAAGAGGCCCCCUCCUUCACAACAUAGAGACACCAUUACGGAGCGAUUCCCAUGGACCCUGGCCCAACCGGGAUCAAAGGAGUCAGGAACAUAGGCCACGUCCCUCUGACCCACGCACCGCCCCCUACAGACCACGUCUGCUCAUGAUUCCGCCCCGCCUCUCCUCUGCGGUAUUGCUUACCCAACCCUUGUAUCACAACCCUGCGCCCGAGCCCCAGCCUGGCCUUGUGGGCGGUCCUGCCGCUGCCUGGCCCGGCCCUCGUCCCCGCCCAUCCUGGUCCUACGCCCGCCCCCGCACGCACGCACGCACUUCCCGCCACGCCUCCGCGCGGACCACUAACAAGCCUCGCGCAGCUCAGCAAAGCGAGCGCGGCGAGAUGGACGGCAGAGUGCAGCUGAUUAAGGCCCUGCUGGCCCUGCCUAUUCGACCCCAGACGCGUCGCUGGAGGAACCCCAUUCCCUUCCCCGAGACGUUUGACGGCGACACCGACCGGCUCCCGGAGUUCAUCGUGCAGACGGGCGCCUACAUGCUAGUGGACGAGACACUGUUCUCCAGCGAUGCCUUGAAGGUGACGUUCCUCAUCACACGCCUGACGGGACCGGCCCUGCAGUGGGUGAUCCCCUACAUCAGGAAGCAGAGCCCCCUCCUCAAUGAUUACCGGGGCUUCCUGGCCGAGAUGAAGCGGGUCUUUGGAUGGGUGGAGGACGAGGACUUCUAGGCCGGGAGCGCCUCGGG